AUGAAGUCUGGCUCUGGAGAAGGGUCCCCGACCUCGCUGUGGGGGCUCCUGUUUCUCUCCGCCGCGCUCUCGCUCUGGCCGACGAGUGGAGAAAUCUGUGGGCCGGGCAUUGACAUCCGCAACGACUAUCAGCAGCUGAAGCGCCUGGAGAACUGCACGGUGAUCGAGGGCUACCUUCACAUCCUGCUCAUCUCCAAGGCCGAGGACUACCGCAGCUACCGCUUCCCCAAGCUCACGGUCAUCACCGAGUACUUGCUUUUGUUCCGAGUGGCUGGCCUAGAGAGCCUCGGAGACCUGUUCCCCAACCUCACGGUAAUCCGCGGCUGGAAACUCUUCUACAACUACGCCCUGGUCAUCUUUGAGAUGACCAAUCUCAAGGAUAUUGGGCUUUACAACCUGAGGAACAUUACUCGGGGGGCCAUCAGGAUUGAGAAAAAUGCUGACCUCUGUUACCUCUCCACUGUGGACUGGUCCCUGAUCCUGGAUGCAGUGUCCAAUAACUACAUUGUGGGGAAUAAGCCCCCAAAGGAAUGUGGGGACCUGUGUCCAGGUACCAUGGAGGAGAAGCCGAUGUGCGAGAAGACCACCAUCAACAAUGAGUACAACUACCGCUGCUGGACCACAAACCGCUGCCAGAAAAUGUGCCCGAGCGCAUGUGGGAAGAGGGCAUGCACCGAGAACAACGAGUGCUGCCACCCCGAGUGCCUGGGCAGCUGCAGCGCGCCUGACAACGACACGGCCUGUGUAGCUUGCCGCCACUACUACUACGCCGGUGUCUGCGUGCCUGCCUGCCCGCCCAACACCUACAGGUUUGAGGGCUGGCGCUGUGUGGACCGUGACUUCUGCGCCAACAUCCUCAGCGCCGAGAGCAGCGACUCCGAGGGUUUCGUGAUCCACGACGGCGAGUGCAUGCAGGAGUGCCCCUCAGGCUUCAUCCGCAACGGCAGCCAGAGCAUGUACUGCAUCCCUUGUGAAGGUCCUUGCCCCAAGGUCUGUGAGGAAGAGAAGAAAACAAAGACCAUUGAUUCUGUUACUUCUGCUCAGAUGCUCCAAGGAUGCACCAUCUUCAAGGGCAAUUUGCUCAUUAACAUCCGACGGGGGAAUAACAUUGCUUCAGAACUGGAGAACUUCAUGGGUCUCAUCGAGGUGGUGACGGGCUACGUGAAGAUCCGCCAUUCCCAUGCCUUGGUCUCCUUGUCCUUCCUAAAAAACCUUCGCCUCAUCUUAGGAGAGGAGCAGCUAGAAGGGAAUUACUCCUUCUACGUCCUCGACAACCAGAACUUGCAGCAACUAUGGGACUGGGACCACCGCAAUCUGACCAUCAAAGCAGGGAAAAUGUACUUUGCUUUCAAUCCCAAAUUGUGUGUUUCGGAAAUUUACCGCAUGGAGGAAGUGACGGGGACUAAAGGGCGCCAAAGCAAAGGGGACAUAAACACCAGGAACAACGGGGAGAGAGCCUCCUGUGAAAGUGACGUCCUGCAUUUCACCUCCACCACCACGUGGAAGAAUCGCAUCAUCAUAACCUGGCACCGGUACCGGCCCCCUGACUACAGGGAUCUCAUCAGCUUCACCGUUUACUACAAGGAAGCACCUUUUAAGAAUGUCACGGAGUAUGAUGGGCAGGAUGCCUGCGGCUCCAACAGCUGGAACAUGGUGGACGUGGACCUCCCGCCCAACAAGGACGUGGAGCCCGGCAUCUUACUGCAUGGGCUGAAGCCCUGGACUCAGUACGCCGUUUACGUCAAGGCUGUGACCCUCACCAUGGUGGAGAACGACCAUAUCCGUGGGGCCAAGAGUGAGAUCUUGUACAUUCGCACCAAUGCUUCAGUUCCUUCCAUUCCCUUGGACGUUCUUUCAGCAUCGAACUCCUCUUCUCAGUUAAUCGUGAAGUGGAACCCUCCCUCUCUGCCCAACGGCAACCUGAGUUACUACAUUGUGCGCUGGCAGCGGCAGCCUCAGGACGGCUACCUUUACCGGCACAAUUACUGCUCCAAAGACAAAAUCCCCAUCAGGAAGUAUGCCGACGGCACCAUCGACAUUGAGGAGGUCACAGAGAACCCGAAGACUGAGGUGUGUGGUGGAGAGAAAGGGCCUUGCUGCGCCUGCCCCAAAACUGAAGCUGAGAAGCAGGCUGAGAAGGAGGAGGCUGAGUACCGCAAAGUCUUUGAGAAUUUCCUGCACAACUCCAUCUUUGUGCCCAGACCUGAAAGGAAGCGGAGAGAUGUCAUGCAAGUGGCCAACACCACCAUGUCCAGCCGAAGCAGGAACACCACGGCGGCAGACACCUACAACAUUACAGAUCUGGAAGAGCUAGAGACAGAGUACCCUUUCUUUGAGAGCAGAGUGGAUAAUAAGGAGAGAACUGUCAUUUCUAACCUUCGACCUUUCACAUUGUACCGCAUUGAUAUCCACAGCUGCAACCACGAGGCUGAGAAACUGGGCUGCAGCGCCUCCAACUUUGUCUUUGCAAGGACUAUGCCCGCAGAAGGAGCAGAUGACAUUCCUGGGCCAGUGACCUGGGAGCCAAGGCCUGAAAACUCCAUCUUUUUAAAGUGGCCAGAACCUGAGAAUCCCAAUGGAUUGAUUCUAAUGUAUGAAAUAAAAUACGGAUCACAAGUUGAGGAUCAGCGAGAAUGUGUGUCCAGACAGGAAUACAGGAAGUAUGGAGGGGCCAAGCUAAACCGGCUAAACCCGGGGAACUACACAGCCCGGAUUCAGGCCACAUCUCUCUCUGGGAAUGGGUCGUGGACAGAUCCUGUGUUCUUCUAUGUCCAGGCCAAAACAGGAUAUGAAAACUUCAUCCAUCUGAUCAUCGCUCUGCCUGUCGCUGUCCUGUUGAUCGUGGGAGGGUUGGUGAUUAUGCUGUACGUCUUCCAUAGAAAGAGAAAUAACAGCAGGCUGGGGAAUGGAGUGCUGUACGCAUCUGUGAACCCAGAGUACUUCAGCGCUGCAGAUGUGUAUGUUCCUGAUGAGUGGGAGGUGGCUCGGGAGAAGAUCACCAUGAGCCGGGAACUUGGGCAGGGGUCGUUUGGGAUGGUCUAUGAAGGAGUUGCCAAGGGUGUGGUGAAAGACGAACCUGAAACCAGAGUGGCCAUUAAAACAGUGAACGAGGCCGCGAGCAUGCGUGAAAGGAUUGAGUUUCUCAACGAGGCUUCUGUGAUGAAGGAGUUCAAUUGUCACCAUGUGGUGCGGUUGCUGGGUGUGGUGUCCCAGGGCCAGCCAACGCUGGUCAUCAUGGAACUGAUGACACGGGGCGAUCUCAAAAGUUAUCUCCGGUCUCUGAGGCCAGAAAUGGAGAAUAAUCCAGUCCUAGCACCUCCAAGCCUAAGCAAGAUGAUUCAGAUGGCUGGAGAGAUUGCAGACGGCAUGGCAUACCUGAACGCCAACAAGUUCGUCCACAGAGACCUUGCUGCCCGGAAUUGCAUGGUAGCCGAGGAUUUCACAGUCAAAAUUGGAGAUUUUGGGAUGACGCGAGAUAUCUAUGAAACAGACUAUUACCGGAAAGGAGGGAAAGGGCUGUUGCCCGUGCGCUGGAUGUCUCCCGAGUCCCUCAAGGAUGGAGUCUUCACCACUUACUCAGACGUCUGGUCCUUCGGGGUUGUCCUCUGGGAGAUCGCCACACUGGCCGAGCAGCCCUACCAGGGCUUGUCCAACGAGCAAGUCCUUCGCUUCGUCAUGGAGGGUGGCCUUCUGGACAAGCCAGACAACUGCCCCGACAUGCUGUUUGAAUUGAUGCGCAUGUGCUGGCAGUACAACCCCAAGAUGAGGCCUUCCUUCCUGGAGAUCAUCAGCAGCAUCAAAGACGAGAUGGAGCCUGGCUUCCGGGAGGUCUCCUUCUACUACAGCGAGGAGAACAAGCUGCCCGAGCCAGAGGAGCUGGACCUGGAGCCAGAGAACAUGGAGAGCGUCCCCCUGGACCCCUCGGCCUCCUCGUCCUCCCUGCCACUGCCCGACAGACACUCAGGACACAAGGCUGAGAACGGCCCCGGCCCUGGAGUGCUGGUCCUCCGCGCCAGCUUUGAUGAGAGACAGCCUUACGCACACAUGAACGGUGGCCGCAAGAACGAGCGGGCCUUGCCGCUGCCCCAGUCUUCGACCUGCUGAUCCUUGGAUCCUGAAUCUGUGCAAACAGUAACGUGUGUGCACGCUCAGCAGGGUGGGGGGAGAGAGAAAGUUUUAACAAUCUAUUCACAAGCCUCCUGUACCUCAGUGGAUCUUCAGAACUGCCAUUGCUGCCCGCGGGAGACAGCUUCUCUGCAGUAAACACAUUUGGGAUGUUCCUUUUUUCAAUAUGCAAGCAGCUUUUUAUUCCCUACCCAAACCCUUAACUGACAUGGGCCUUUAAGAACCUUAAUGACAACACUUAAUAGCAACAGAGCACUUGAGAACCAGUCUCCUCACUCUGUCCCUGUCCUUCCUCAUCCUCUCUCUCUCCCUCCAUUUCUCUCACUCUCUCACUUUUCUCUUUCUCUCUGCUUCAUAAUGGAAAAAUAAUUGCCGUAAGUCCAGCUGGGAAGCCCUUUUUAUCAAUUUGAGGAAGUGGCUGUCCCUGUGGCCCCAUCCAACCCCUAUACACACCCGCCCGACACCGUAGGUCAUUACAAAAAAAACACAUGGAGAUGGAAAUUUUUACCUUUAUCUUUCACCUUUCUAGGGACAUGAAAUUUACAAAGGGCCAUCGUUCAUCCAAGGCUGUUACCAUUUUAACGCUGCCUAAUUUUGCCAAAAUCCUGAACUUUCUCCCUCACCAUCCCUGCGCUGAUUCCUUGUGUCUGGAGGCGUGGGUGAGCGUGGCAUCUGGUUGCUCCGUUUGAGAGACACGCUGGCGACACGCUCCGUCCGUCUGACUGCCCCUGCUGUGCUUCUCAAGGCCACAUGCACACAGGUCUCAUUGCUUCUGACUAGGUUAUUAUUUGGGGGAACUGGACACAAUGGGACUUUCUCUCAGUGAAGGUGGGGAGAAGCUAAACUGGCUUCCCUGCCCUGCCUCCCCACCCCCGCCCAACCCCCAAGAAUCUGGUGGCCAUGGGCCCUGAAGCAGCCUGGUGGACAGGCUUUGAGUCAAGGGGCCCCAUGCCUGCUUCUCUCCCAGCCCCAGCUCCCUCGCCCACCCCCAAGGACACAGAUGGGAGGGGGUUUCCAGGGACUCAGCCCAACUGUUGAUGCAGGUUUGCAAGGAAAGAAAUUCAAACACCACAACAGCAGUAAGAAGAAAAACAGUCAAUGGAUUCAAGCAUUCUAAGCUUUGUUGACAUUUCUCUGUUCCUAGGACUUCUUCAUGGGUCUUACAGUUCUAUGUUAGACCAUGAAACAUUUGCAUACACAUCGUCUUUAAUGUCACUUUUAUAACUUUUUUACGGUUCAGAUAUUCAUCUAUACGUCUGUACAGAAAAAAAAAAGCUGCUAUUUUUUUUGUUCUUGAUCUUUGUGGAUUUAAUCUAUGAAAACCUUCAGGUCCACCCUCUCCCCUUUCUGCUCACUCCAAGAAACUUCUUAUGCUUUGUACUAGAGUGCGUGACUUUCUUCCUCUUUUCCCGGUAAUUGAUACUUCUACGACAUAAUUUGCCAUGAACUGUUUGAUGCCUUUUUAUAAAUUCAUCCCCCCUCCCUGCUCCCACCUGCCCCUUUAGUUGUCUUCUAACCCGUAGGCUCUGUGGGCACGAGGCUGGUGAGGGCACGAGGCGGAAAGAAGGCCAGGCACCCGUCCUGAGAGGGCCGUGCUCCUCUCCCCAGCCCGCCCUCACAGCAUUGGAGUCUGUUACAGUGCAAGACAUGAUACAAACUCAGGUCAGAAAAACAAAGGUUAAAUACUUCACACGUCUUUGUUCAGUGUUUCCACUCACCGUGAUUGAGAAGCCUCACCCUCUCUUUCCCUUGCCUUUGUUUAGGUUGUGACACACAUAUAUAUAUUUUUUUAAUUCUUGGGUACAACAGCAGUGUUAACUGCAGACACUAGGCAUUUGGAUUACUAUUUUUUUUAAUGGCUAUUUAAUCUUUCCAUCCCAUGAAAAACAGCUGCUGAGUCCAAGGGAGCAGCAGAGCAUGGUCCGGCAGGCCCUGCUGUGGCCCUCGCCACCACCCUCACCAGACCGACCGACCUGUCUUUGGAACCAGAACAUCCCAAGGGACCUCCUUCGCACUGGCGGGGAGUGGGACCCUGGGAUCCAGGCUGGCCCAGGGCGGCAUCCUCAGGGCUGUGCCAGCUGGAGCGCCAGGUCGGGGCAGUGCAGACGCCACGGUGGCCCAAGAGCCGCUUUGUUCCCUGCCAGGGGACCGGGGCUGUGGUGCUGGCCCUCUUUCCCUCGGCCAGGAAUCCAGGUCCUUGGGGCCCAGGGGUCUUGUUUUGUUUUGUUUUGUUUUGUUUUUAGCACUUCUCACCAGAGAGAUGACAGCACAAGAGUUGCUUCUGGGAUGGAAAUGUUUAGGAGUAAGAACAAAACUGGGAUACAGUGAUUGCUAGUUGUGACUGAAGAUUAAACACACACAAAAAGUCUGUAGUGCUUCUUUGCUUGUCAGCAGUUUGUCUCACUGCUUUCUCUAGCCUCUGUCCCAUAGUGUGUUCCCUUUUAAAAAAGAAAAAAGAAGGUAUUAUAUGUAGGAGUUUUCUUUUAAUUUAUUUUGUGAUGCCAGUUUCAGUCACUGUAGAGAAGCCCCAUUAUGAAUUUAAAUUUCAAGGAAAGGGUGUGUGUAUGUGUGUGGGGUGUGUGUGUGUAUGAGUGAUGGGACAGUUUUUUAUUUUUUGGGUUUUUUUCCCCCCAAACAUUUAUCUACCUCACUCUUAUUUUUUAUAUGUGUAUAUAGACAAAAGAAUACAUCUCACAUUUCUCAGCACCUGACAAUAGGCCGUUGAUACUGGUAACCUCAUCCACGCCACAGGCUCCACACCCAGGUGAUGCAGGGAGAAGCCAGGCUGUAUUCCGGGGUCAAAGCAACACUGACUCACCUCUCUGCUUAUUUCAGACAGCUUGCCUUUUUCUGAGAUGUCUCGUUUUGUGUUGCUUUUAUUCUUUUUUUCUUUUUUUUUUUUUUUUCUAUCUUGGUUUCCACCAAGGUGUUAGAUUUUUCCUCCUCUCCUAGCCAGUGGCCUUGUGAGGCCAAGGAGGGCACCAGAGCACACUUUCGGGGGGCCACCAGGCUGUCCCUGGCUGGUUGUCUUUGGAACAAACUGCUUCCAUGCAGAUCGAACACAUUUCAUCCUUAAGAGAGCAAUUGUUCCUCAGGUUCUGAGGACAGGAAGGUGUCCAGGCAGCGUAGUCUGUGAGAAUCUCCUGGGUAAAGGCAUAUUGGGUUUGCUCCCUUUGCUGCUGCUCCUGCAUCCCGGGAGGAGGCUUGCACCAAGGCAGGGCCAUGCAGCCAUGGCUGCUGCAUUCAUUCAGCACAAAGGUGCAGCUGCAGCAGCAGCUGGAGAGUAAGAUCUGCCCAGCCUGUGCUCCAGAAUGCAGAGGCUCCUAACCUCACAGCCAGUCCCUAAUAGAACACACGCAGGAGCAGAGUCCCCUUCCCCUCCAGGCUGCCCUCUCAACUUCUCUCUCACCUCCUCCUCCCCUAGGGGUAGACAGAGAUGUACCAAACCUUCGGGCUGGAAAGGCCAGUGGUCAGCGCCGAGCCUCCGUGGUGUCUCACCUCCUGCCAGGGCUGUACCUCCGUCUGUCCCUGGUCCUGCUGCUCACAGGACAGACAGCUCGCUCCCCUCUUCCAGCAGCUGCUCUUACAGGCACUGAUGAUUUAGCUGGGAAACGUGGCGGGCAGCUUUCCCCAAGUGUGGAUGAUUCCUUUGCAAUUCCAGUACUAAGUGAAUGCGCUCAGGAGCCUUUUUCCUGCUGCCAGAACGUGACCCGUCUCUCCCAAGACCCCGGGGAUCUUAAGGUCAUUGAGAAAUACUGUUUGAUCAGGGUUUUCUUCUUCCACACUGUAGGUGACCCCUUGGAAUAAUGGCCUCUCCUCUCUUUUGCACAUACCUACCGGUUUCCACAACUGGAUUUCUACAGAUCAAUCAGCUGGUUAUAAGGGUUUUGUUUAAACUGUCCAAGUUAUUGAUGUCAUUUUGUUUUUGUCUUAUGUAGGUGGCUUUUCUUUAAGUAGAAAACACUAGCAGUGUAGUGCCCAUCAUAACAAAUGCUUCAGAAACACUUCAAUAAAAGAGAAAACUUGGCUUGUGUGAUGGUGCAGUCAUUUUACUGGACCAACCCACCCACCUUGACUAUACCAAGGCAUCAUCUAUCCACAGUUCUAGCCUAACUUCACGCUGAUUUCUCCGCCUCUUGAUUUUUCUCUUUUGUGUCCAAAUAAUCUUAAGCUGAGUUGUGGCAUUUUCCAUGCAACCUCCUUCUGCCAGCAGCUCACACUGCUUGAAGUCACGUGAACCACUGAGGCACAUCAUGGAAUUGAUGUGAGCAUUAAGACAUUCUCCCACACAGCCCUUCCCUGAGGCAGUAGGAGCUGGUGUGUACUGGAGACAUUGUUGAACUUGAGCUGUGUGAGACCCAGACCACCCCAGGUCUCCUUCGUUUGACAUACCAUUGGAUGUCAUGACGUUUGAUAUACCGUUGGAACGAGCCUCCUCCUCAGAAGAUGGAAGACCAUGUUCGUGGCUGACCUGGCCUCUCCUUCUGGCCUGUUUCUUAACAUGCGGAACCACAUUUCAGUGGUAGGAAAAGUGGCUUCGUAAAAUAGAAGAGCAGUCACUGUGGAACUACCAAAUGACAAGAUGCUCAGUGCAAAUAGGGGUGCUUUAGGAUAAAAGAUUUAUGAGCCAACUAUUCUGUGGCACCAGAUUCUAGGCCAGUUUGUUCCACCGAAGCCUCUCCCACAGCAGUCCACCUCUGCAGGGUGGUGGCCGAAUGGCUUGUAAGUGGCUCUGUGGCAAGAUCACACUGAGAUCAGAAGGCUAGGAUGCUUGUCUAGUGUCCUUAGCUGUCACAUUGGGUCCUUCCAGGGUGGCCAGACAGUGUUGGUGGCCACUCCCUUCUAAAACAUAGGCACCCUCCUGGUGACAGUGACCCGCCAUGGUAUGCCUUGGCCCAUUCCAGCAGUCCCAGUUAUGCAUUUAAAGUUUGGGGUUUGUUCUUUUCGUUAAUGUUACUCUGUGUUGUCAGCUGUCUUUUCAUUUCCUGGGCUAAGCAGCAUUGGGAGAUGUGGACCAGAGAUCCACUCCUUAAGAACCAGUGAUGAAGGGCACUUUCUUCACUCUGAAGAAGUUGGUGGUACAAAUGAGAACUUAAAGAGAGGAUGUUAUUUAGACUGAACCCCUGUUGCCAGAGAUGCUGAAGAUACAGACCUUGGAAAGGUCAGAGGGUUUCAUUUUUGGCCUUCAUCUUAGAUGACUGGUUGUGUCAUUUGGAGAAGUGAGCGCUCCUUGAUGGUGGAAUGACCAGGUGGUAGGUACGGAACCAUUGUCACAGGGAUCCUGGCACAGAGAAGAGUUAUGAGCAGCUGGGUGCAGGGCUUGGAAGAAAUGUGGGCAAUGUUUUGAACUUGUUGGUUUCUGAAGCUAUCAGACCAUAUCAAGGCUCAGCAGUCAUCCAUGGGCAUUUGGUUUCAACAAAGAAACCUAACAUCCUACUCUGGAAACUGAUCUCGGAGUUAAGGCGAAUUGUUCAAGAACACGAACUACAUCGCACUCAUCAGUUGUCAGUUCUGGGGCAUGACUUUAGGGUUUUAUUUUGUUUCUGCAACAACAUAAUCACUCAUUUGUAUGUCCACGUGUGUGUGUCCGCAUCUUUCUGGUCAACAUUGUUUUAACUAGUCACUCAUUAGCGUUUUCAAUAGGGCUCUUAAGUCCAGUAGAUUACGGGUAGUCAGUUGACGAAGAUCUGGUUUACAAGAACUAAUUAAAUGUUUCAUUGCAUUUUUGUAAGAACAUAGAAUAAUUUUAUAAAAUGUAGUUUAUAAUUGCCGAAAAUAAUUUAAAGACACUUUUUUUCUCUGUGUGUGCAAAUGUGUGUUUGUGAUCCAUUUUUUUUUUUUUAGGACACCUGUUUACUAGCUAGCUUUACAAUAUGCCAAAAAAGGAUUUUUCCCUGACCCCAGCCGUGGUUCACCCUCUUUUCCCCCCAUGCUUUGUGCCCUAGUUUAUAACAAAGGAAUGAUGAUUUAAAAAGUAGUUCUGUAUCUUCAGUAUCUUGGUCUUCCAGACCCCUCUGGUUGGGAAGGGGAUCAUUUUUUACUGGUCAUUUCCCUUUGGAGUGUAGCUCCUUUAACAGAUGGAAAGAACCUCAUUGGCCAUGGAAACAGCAGAGGUGUUGGAGCCCAGCAGUGCAUGGCACCGUUCAGCAUCUGGUUUGGUUGGUCUGGCUGCCGUCAUUGUCACGCAGUGCCAUGGACAUGGGAAGACUUGACUGCACAGCCAAUGGUUUUCAUGAUGAUUACAGCAUAAAAGAUGACAGCUCUGGGGCACACAGGCUAUUUGCUUACAUGCCUCGUAUCAUGAUUAAUGCUUUUUGAAGGCAGAAUCCUGAAGAUACAUAUCUCCAAUACAGAAAACAAUUCUUUUUAAUAAAAACUACAGCAUACACAAAAAUUUGUUCUAAAGUUUGACUCCACUUCUUCUAACUCCAGUGGAUUGUUGGCCAUGUCUCCCCAACUCCACAGUAUCUCUGUUGUGGGAAACACCUGGGUUUUUGCACUACAUGGGAGAAAGACCCGGAAACUAUUUGGGUUGUUUUCAACUUUUCAUUUGGAUGUUUGGCGUUGCACACACACAUCCGCAGGUGGAAGAGACGCCUGGCGAAAACACCUGUCUGCUUUCUAAGCCAGUGAGGUUGAGGUGAGAGGUUUGCCAGAGUUUGUCUACCUCUGGGUAUCCCUUUAUCUGGGAUAAAAAAAAUCAAACCAGAAGGCGGGAUGGAAUGGAUGCACCGCAAAUAAUGCAUUUUCUGAGUUUUCUUGUUUAAAAAAAGUUUUUUUAAAAAAGUAAAAAAAAAAAAAAAGGUAAUAACAUGGCCAAUUUGUUACAUAAAAUGACUUUCUGUGUAUAAAUUAUUCCUAAAAAAAAAAACCUGUUUAUAUAAAAAAUCAGUAGAUAAAAAGAAUUUCAAAAUGUUUUUGUAUAUUCUGUUGUAAGAAUUUAUUCCUGUUAUUGCGAUAUACUCUGGAUUCUUUACAUUAUGGAAAAAAAGAAACUGUCUAUUUUGAAUGGCUGAAGCUAAGGCAACGUUAGUUUCUCUUACUCUGCUUUUUUCUAGUAAAGUACUACAUGGUUUAAGUUAAAUAAAAGAAUUCUGUAUGCA